GAAGCCAUGGUCCCAAACCUCCUCUCCUGUCUCCCAGCGCCUCCGGGAGGAAGAGGGUAGGCACAAGAGAGGUGGGUCCCGUCUCCAAGCACCCUGCCCGGGCAUCUGAGCCACUGCCGCCGUAUCCGGGCUCUCACCUCGUUCUUGUCUGGGGUCCCGGCCAUGGGGCCGCCUUCCAGCUCUGGAUUCUACAUGAGCCGCGCAGUAGCCCUGCUGCUGGCGGGGCUGGCUGCUGCGCUCUUGCUGGCGCUGACGGUGCUCGCUGCCCUGUACGGCCACUGCGCGCGCGUGGCGCCGUCGGAGCUUCAGGACUGCGGCGUCCCGGACGCCGCACCUUCCCCGCCGGGUGAGCAGGACCAGUCGCCGCCGACCCGGAAGCCCGAUCCGGCUCUCGAGCCGACGGUGGCGGCCACCCCGGACAGCUGGCGACCCCCGGGGCCCUGGGACCAGAUGCGCCUGCCUCCUUGGCUCGUGCCGCUGCACUACGAGCUGGAGCUGUGGCCCCAGCUGCGGCCAGACGAGCUCUCGGCUCCCGCGUUGCGCUUCACUGGCCGCGUGAACAUCACGGUGCGCUGCACUGCGGCCAGCGCGCGCCUGCUGCUGCACAGCUUCCUCCUGGACUGUGACAGCGCGGAAGUGCGGGGUCCUCUGUCCCCGGGCACCGGAGACGCCACCGUGGGCCGCGUGCCGGUGGACGACAUGUGGUUCGCGUUGGAUAUGCAGUACAUGGUGCUCGAGCUCCGCGAGGCCUUGCAGCCCGGCAGCCUCUAUGAGCUGCAGCUCAACUUCUCGGGCCCGUUGUACCAGGACACCAGGGAGGGACUAUUCCUCAACGUCUACACGGACCAGGGUGAGCGCAGGGUGCUGUUAGCAUCUCAGAUGGAACCGACAUUUGCCAGGAAUGUUUUCCCUUGUUUUGAUGAACCAGCUCUGAAGGCAACUUUUAAUAUUACAGUUAUUCAUCAUCCAAGUUAUGUGGCUCUUUCCAACAUGCCAAAGCUAGGUCAGUCUGAAAAAGAAGAUGUGAACGGAAGCAAAUGGACUAUUACCACCUUUUAUACCACACCCCGCAUGUCAACUUAUUUAGUCUCAUUUGCUAUCUGUGACUAUGACCACGUCAGCAGAACUGAAAGGGGCAAAGAGAUACGCAUCUGGGCCCGGAAAGAUGCCAUUGCAAAUGGAAAUGCAGACUUUGCUUUGAAUAUCACAGGUCCCAUCUUCUCUUUUCUGGAGGAUUUGCUUAAUAUUAGUUACCCUCUUCCAAAAACAGAUAUAAUUGCCUUGCCUGUUUUUGACAACCGUGCAAUGGAAAAUUGGGGACUAAUGAUAUUCGAUGAGUCAUUAUUAUUGCUGCAACCAGAUGAUCAACUAACAGAAAAAAAGAUGGUGAUCUCCUACCUUGUCUCCCAUGAGAUCGGGCAUCAGUGGUUUGGAAACUUGGUUACCAUGAGUUGGUGGAACAAUAUCUGGCUCAAUGAAGGUUUUGCAUCUUAUUUUGAGUUUGGAGUAAUUAAUUACUUAUAUCCUAAACUCCCAAGAAAUGAGAUCUUUUUUUCUAACAUUUUACAUGAUGUUCUCAAAAAAGAUCAUGUCCUGGUGUCUAGAGCUGUAUCCACGAAGCUGGAAAAUUUCACAGAAACGAAUGAAAUAAAUGAGCUCUUCGACUUAUUUACUUACAACAAGGGAGCGUCUAUGGCCCGGAUGCUUGCUAGUUUCCUGAAUGAGAAUUUAUUUAUCAGCGCACUUAAGUCAUAUUUGGAGACAUUUGCUUACUCAAAUGCUGAGCAAGAUGAUUUAUGGAGGCAUUUUCAAAUGGCCAUAGAUGAUCAGAGUGAAAUUGUUUUGCCAGCAACAGUAAAAAGCAUAAUGGACAGUUGGACACAUCAGAGUGGUUUUCCAGUUAUCACCUUAAAUGUAUCCACGGGCGUCAUGAAACAGGAACCAUUUUAUCUUGGAAAGGUUAAAAAUCAGACUCUUCUAGCUCACAAUGACACAUGGAUUGUACCUAUUUUUUGGAUAAAAAAUGGAACUACGCAAUCUUUAGUCUGGCUAGAUAAAAGCAGCAAAGUAUUCCCUGAAAUGCAAGUUUCAGAUUCUGAUCAUGACUGGGUGAUUUUAAAUUUGAAUAUAACUGGAUAUUAUAGAGUUAACUAUGAUAAAUUAGGUUGGAAGAAAUUAAAUCAACAACUUGAAAAAGAUCCCAAGGCUAUUCCUGCUAUUCACAGACUGCAGUUGAUUGAUGAUGCCUUUUCCUUGUCAAAAAACAAUUAUAUUGAGAUUGAAACAGCACUUGAUUUAACCAAGUACCUUGCUGAAGAAGAUGAAAUCAUAGUAUGGCAUGCAGUCUUGGUGAACCUGGUAACCAGGGAUCUUGUUUACGAUGUGAACAACUAUGAUAUAUACCCAUUAUUAAAGAAGUAUCUGUUAAAGAGACUUAUCUCAAUAUGGAAUAUUUAUUCAACUAUAAUUCGUGAAAAUGUCGCAGCAUUGCAAGAUGACUAUUUAGUUCUAAUAUCACUGGAAAAACUCUUUGAAGCUGCAUGUUUGUUGGGCCUUGAAGACUGUCUUCAACUGUCAAGGGAACUCUUCAAAAACUGGACCAACCAUCCAGAGAAUGAAAUACUUUAUCCAAUUAGUACUGUGGUUUUAUGUUAUGGCAUUGCCUUGGGAAGUAAUAAAGAAUGGGACCUUUUGUUAAAUAUCUACAUGAAUAACACAAAUGAAGAAGAAAGGAUUCAACUUGCUUAUGCAAUGAGCUGCAGUAAAGACCCAUGGAUACUUCACAGAUAUAUGGAGUAUGCUGUCACCAUGUCUCCAUCCAUUUUUAAUGAAAGAAACAUAAUUGAAGAUGUGGCAGAAUCUGAAGUUGGCCGGUAUAUAGCUAAGGACUUUUUAAUCAACAACUGGCAAGCUGUGAGUGAAAAGUAUGGACCACAAUCAUUGGUGAUUCUCAUGUAUAUAAUAGGGAGAACUGUAAGUACAGAUUCACAGAUCAUGGAGCUGCAGCAGUUUUUCAGUGCCAUGUUGGAGGAACACCAGAGGCUUACAAUUCAAGCCAAAUUACAGACAGUGAAGAACGAAAAUCUGAAAAACAGAAACCGAAAUGCCAGGAUAGCUGCAUGGCUAUGGAAAAACACAUAAUUUUGUGUCCACUUUCUGUACUACCUUUGCAUAUUAGAAUGUAGUUUGCUCACAGUUUUGUCUUCCAAUAUGUUGUGAGUCUAGAAAACCACAUGUUUUGUUAUUUGUAUUUCAGUCACAUUUACUACUCAGAGUCCUGCUCUUCCCAUGUUGUCACAUUGGCACUGACGUUCAGUGAUUGCUGAGGAUUUUGCCAACACUGCUGUAUUUCUGCGGAAGAUUUCACUUCAAGUUGGGCUAUAAAACCAUAGAAUUUACUUUAAAUGCCUUGUAGAAACAAAUUUACCUUAGAAAGUCUUGUUUAUUCUAUUGUGAAGGUCAGUGGGAUAUUAAAUCAUUGGCUAAAUGAGCACAUUCUUUUCUGAGGGAAAUACAGAUUUGCAAUACUCUAGGGUUUAUUAGUUCAAUAUUUAAAAGCAUAAUGAGCAAAUAAAACAACAGUGUAAAGAAACAGAGACCAGAAAAAUAAUAUUCGUAGGAGUCCUUAAGCUGCCUUUAGGCUCACCGUUGUGGAGGACAGAAUGGAGAGGGAGGUCCUGCCCUGAACCAGACUGUGUGAAUUUACCUGUGGGACGGACACUCUUUCAGCCAAAGUUUAUGAGCAGAAAUAAUGAUGUCAACGGACAACAGCAAUUAUGAGCUAAUCUUCAGCACAAAGGGAGAUCGUCAAAUAAAGAGAAAUGGAACUACAAGGCUAACCCGAGCACAACCUUUACAGCUUUGCACUCGGGGUUAAGUUUGAAAUAUGGUUUCAUUUGGCCAAAUUUAACCUACUUGUAGUUUGGACAACUUGAAACACUUUCAUCGGUCACAAAGUAUGGAAUUAGCUUAGUUUCCUUACACCUGAUUAAAUCAGGACAGCUAAGACGAAUCAUCCUACUCUAGAGUUUGUGUAUAUAUGAUUUCAUUGUUAAUUUUGAUUUUGUUUUUGUAGACUGGGAGUAAAACUAUAGAUCUCCUAUCUACCUCAGAGUGAUAUUGUAAAGAUUAAAGAAUAUGUCAAUUAAAAGUCUUUAAAAUAUGUUAUAUAAGCUCAAAGCAAUGUGAUCUAAGGUUUUCAUCUCUAUUUCUUGCAAAAGUUACCAUAGCCACAAAUUAAAAUGCAAAACAAAAGUUCACUCUCAUGUUUGCUUCAUAAGAGAUGCUCCCUGAGUGGGCCUGGGAGGCUGAGACUUGGGCCUGAGGACAAAACAAGGCACAGUCUACUCAGACUUGACCAUGGGUCAUAGGUCAGAAAGGAGUUUCUUUAAAUUGAGACAUUUUAAAUUUAAGCAAUGAAUGUCUCCAUGUCUUCAAAUUGUUACAUAUGCGAUCUCGUCCUGUGCUUUCUUAAACAUUCUUUCUAUAUUUCCCAUAGUUCCUCUGAUUAUCAAUCUCAUCUUGGCAUAACCACGUCACAUGGACUCUCAAUGGCUUCUCUCUGCAUCUCCUUCCUCUCACUUCCACCUCCUCUCUUUCUCCCUCGGGCACCCCUGUCUUCCGUUCCCAUUUCCAGUGAUCUCUGCCCAGUGGUCCACAUACUCUGUCCUCGGUCUUCCUACCCUACAGUGUUCUUGUUCCUCCAAGGGCAGUGAGAGGCUGACAGGUGGGGCCCGAGUGGGCUCUGGAGCCUGUUCCCGCGUGAUGCCAGGCACUGCCUGAUCCUACCAAGAAGCACACAGGCAGAGUUCUCCAGACCAUCUAUUGAAAAUUAAAGUCCCCUUAUAUCUUAGCUUCUGUAGUAAGUAAACAGUACUGAAAGUGUAUCCAAAAUGAGAUGCUCAAAUACUUGGUUAAUAGUCCUCCCUCUAAAUAUGAAGAAGAAUGUUGAAUAAUGUAAAGUUUUUCUGACUUGGAUGUAGCCAGUUACUCCAGAUAAGCAUACAUUUUAUUGUACCUUAUACUUAGUAUAAAAAGAAUUAUUGACUGAGUAUUGUGAUAGCAAUAAGUUGGAAUGAUACGAAGGCAGAUUUGUCUAAAUGGUAUAAACACUUUAUUAACUAAUAAACCAGCUUAUUAUCUAUUAGCACUGAAGUAUAAAACAAUUUCUCUGACACAUGUAGUUUACUUUAUACUGUUCGUCCUAAGAAGAGUUAACAAGAUGUACAGUGUAUUCAUGAUUUCUUUCAAUUUGGUAAUUAGAAAUUAGUAUUUUCCUUGCAAUUUUAUGCUUCUUUCCCGGUCAAACCCAUCAGUGACAUUCCACUACUGAUUUUAACUGAAAGAAUAAAUGCCUUGAAGAUUCUUGAAGAUUUUGAACAUUCAAAA